AAAAAAGCAAACAAACCAUUACUACCAUUAUUACAUUUGUUAUUAAUUAAUACUUCAUUAUGACAGAUUACAUUGAAGAGCAACAAAACGAACUCGAGGCUCUUGAAUCAAUUUACCCCGAAGAAUUUGAAGCCAUUAGUGAAAAGGAAUUCCGUAUUACUAUCCAACCUGAUGAAGAAGACGAAGAAACAGCAUGCACUGUGGUUCUUCAUGUAAAAUAUACACCAAAGUACCCCGAUGAGCUACCCGAGUAUAAUAUUGAGGUUGUAGACGGCGAACUUCCCGAGAGUUAUGUGGAACGAAUCGACUUGGCAUUGAAAGAGGCUGGAGAGGACUCUUUAGGAAUGGCAAUGAUUUUUACAUUGGCUUCGAUUAUCAAAGAAGAAUUAAAUCAGAUUGUCCUUGAUGCCCAGCGAGUUCGUGAUGAAGUAGAAGAAGAACGAAAACGUAAAGAAGAGGAAAUCGAACAGGCGAAGUUCAGAGGCACCAAAUUGACAGUAGAGAGAUUCAUGGCGUGGAAGGCUGAAUUCGAUAAGGAGAUGGAGGCAAAAGAAGACAAAGAGAAGAUUGCCAGAAUGAAAGAGCUGAAGAACAGAUUGAAUGGUCGUCAAUUGUUUGAACAAGACAAGUCUCUUGCUUUGUCUGAUGCUAAAUACAUGGAUGAAGGAGAUGUUUCUGUCGACGUAUCCCAAUUCGACAAGGAAGAACGUAACCACAGCGAAGAUGAAGAUGACACUAAUGCGGUCUGGAGACAGUUAUCAAAGGAAGAUUAGAAAGAGAGGCAAAGAGGUUUUCUUUUUUAAUAAUGGAUAUAAGAAAUUCUAUGGAUCAAACCUGUUCUUUUACUCUCUACUUUAUACAAACACGCAUAUAUAUAUAUAUAUAUAUAUAUAUAAACAACAACAAAACAGCAGACAAAAAUUGUACAGAAUGAUGUUUAUACAAAAAAGAUGGACUUGUAAGACAAAGUGUAGAUAAUAAAUAAAUGAGAUUUUUAUUGGCAUG